AUGGUCGCCAUAAUUGCAUUCAAAUUCAUAGCAUCUCUCAAUUUUGGUUCUCCUCGUGCACCUGAAGACCACAACAAGUCUGUUAUCUGUCAGGUUCCUUGUUAUACGAACCCGAUGGAACUGGAGAUGUACCACCAGAUCAAAAAUGUCAUUGGAGUGAACCCUACUUUCUACAAGUAUAUUUUCACUGUUGAUGCCGAUACAGUGGAACCUCUUUCCGUCAACCGUUUGAUUUCUGCGAUGAUUCACGACAAGAAGGUUCUCGGUGUUUGUGGAGAGACGGAGCUUACUAACGCCAAGCAGUCUAUCAUCACUAUGAUGCAGGUGUAUGAAUACUUCAUUUCUCAUCAUAUGGCGAAAGUGUUCGAGAGUCUUUUCGGUUCCGUCACUUGUCUUCCCGGUUGUUUCACGCUUUACCGUCUUAGGACGCCCGAUACACACAAGCCUCUCUUGAUCUCGAAUCAAAUGGUCCAAGACUAUUCUGAAAAUCGUGUUGACACUCUGCAUAUGAAGAACUUGUUGCAUUUGGGAGAAGAUCGUUAUCUCAGAUUGCGCUUUAUCUCCUACUAUGGGAACCAUAUUGUCCGAGUCAUUGCACGGAUCUACGACAUGGCUCGAGGCUCCUCAUCUGAUUCAGAAAACACAGAUUCAGAUCGAGUGUUGUCAAACGAGUCUGAUAGUGGCAAUGAGAACAGAACAUCUCUCACCAAUCCAUUUUUGAGGGAUGAUGCAUCUCUUACGGAGUACAAGGAGGCUGUAAAAGCAAUACAACUCCAGAUGGCCGAACUCCGUAGUGAAAACAGGGAAUUGAAGAGGGCCAAUGCAAUAAUGAAGUCAAAUCAACCAAAACGUCGAACCAACGCAGUGCCAAAGGAGAUCUCGACUCACGAUGUAGAAAUAGCUAGGCAGGCCAAAAAGUAUGGGAUCAUGGUUGACAUGCACGUGAAUACCUCGUUUUUCAGAAAGCAGCGGCCAGAUGGCCCAUGCCCAGAUUCAGAGGAGCGCUAUGCAUCACCACUUGCGGAGGAACAGGCACAAAUCAUUGAGAUAUACGAGUUCAUUCCCGAGCAUCUUCAUUGCUUGAUGAGAGAAAGUCAUCACUUCGGAAACAUAUUCUCGAAGAAGCUUUGUAAUGGCCGCUCGGAUAUAUUACACAAAAUAAGAACGAAAGCAGGCAUCAUCUACGAUCUACCAGAGCAUGUUUUCGAAACGACUUUCGACAGGUCAACAGUGCCGGAACUGAGAGCAUUGCUGGGUGUAGACGAUAACAGGAAGGAUGCCAAAUAUCCUAUGUUCCCACCGGUACUCUUCCCAAACUUCAAGGUUGAUAUGAAAUAUAUCUUCGGAAACCCAAUCAUUGCAAAAAUACUCAAAGUCGCUUUCCGUGGACCUAACUCUCUCUCGGGUGGUCAAGGUGGUGGUAAGAGUAAUGCAAAUGCAUGGCAUGUUACCUGCAAUACACCAGGUUCUCUGGCAUGGGGUGCUGUUGCUGUAUGCCGUGUUUUGGCUUCACCUGACGACGAAUUCCCACAUGAUGGGAAAGGCGCAAUAUCCCACAUACAGUAUUUUGAUAUGUUUCGUGCCUACAAACAAAUCCUUGUGAAGAAAGGUGGCACUAGACGUAUUAAGGAAACGUACCGGAUGUUCAAUGCUUACAUUUUCUCCUUGAGCAAGGUACUGGCUGUAGUUCCAAAAGUGCAUGAGGACUACACAGACCAAAUUGAGCUGGCACUGGCAGCAUUAGAUGUUCAAAGUGAUGACGAUUCUGAAAUUGGCGGCAAUAAUGAGUUAUUAAAUCCAGCUCAGCUUGCAGUCAACCAUGCACCGGUUUCCAAUGUCGCUCUGUCAACUUUGGGUUCCCACGCAAUCAAUAGCACCACGCCCUUAAAUCCAGAUGCAGCCGUCGUUUCACUGGCAGAGGGUGGGAUCGAGUCGGGAUUGACAGAAGGGUUGGUAGAAGAGAGGACCGGUGAAACAUCAAAGUCAAAGAAGAGAAAGGAUAAAGGAAAGUCAAACCAUUCUCAGACAAAUACUGUCAGUGAAACUAGUACUAGGCGUUCUCGUCGUGCAGGUCUUUAA